AUGGUAUCAAGAGAGCACGCGGGCACCAGGAUGGGUUUGCUGCAGAGGUGCACAGAGCACCUGCUCUAUGCGCUGACUUUCCUCAAGGCUGCUGGGACCAUGGCCUUGAUGCUCUACACCCUGCUGUGGGAAGCUAGGAACCUGGCCAACCUCCCCGACAAACACAUUGGCUUUUACAACUUCUGCUUGUGGAAUAAGACAGUCAGGGAGCUGCAGUGCCUGAAGUACAAGCAUCUGAAGGCGAUGGACAUCAGUCUACCAGGAAUGGUGCCAGCCAGGGUUUGUGUGUAUACCUGGGUCUUCAGCAUCUCCUAUGCCAUUUUUGUUACACAUGUGAAAUGCACAGGGGAGAAAGAGGGCUGGAAUAUGAUUUUCUCAUACUCAUACAUCAUACUCAUUAUCAAGACGAUAAUCCUGUCGGGAGGCUUGGGUAUGUUUCUUUUACAAACCUCACAGUGGAUUCACCCCUCUGAUUUAGCUGGGCGCUUCCUGGCACUUCUUCAGACUCAGGCUCUGCUACUGCUCCAGAUUCUCACUGCUACUAGAAUCUCAUUUGGGCCAAGCACACACACCCAUGUCAAAGCCCUUUAUAAUCAGGAGGCCCUGCCCAUAGAUACUAUAUUUGUCAGUGAAGAUUAUGAAAGAUCUAUGGAUAACAUGAUUUAA